AAGGGUCGUUAGGGUCUGAGUGUACUGACAAAGCCACCCACCACCAGCCAGCUCCCUCGGUUAAAAACCCCCCGCACGCGCCGCCCUGACGCCGCCUUGGCCUCGGCCCCUCUCGUCCCACCGAGAUUUCUCGAUACCUACACCUCAAUCUGGUCCAUAUCCUCUAUACACAUCGCCUGCAACACAUCCCUCGUCGCACCUAUAUUCAACACCAUCCCCUCUCUCCUCUUCUUCUUCCUCCCUCUGUCUCUCUCUCUCUCCUCUGUGCCUUGAGAUAGCGGUUGAAUUUUCGUUUGGGUUCUUUCUUUCUCGAGUCUUUGAGGCGGUGUCUUGUUCUUGACUCGGUCUUCAGCUUUGCUCAGGUGUUUGGGGGGCUUACUUUGCAGCUUGUUCAUUCAUACACUUGUUCAUCGUCGAGAGAUCGAUCGAUCGAGAGUGAGAGAAAGAGAGAGAGAGAUUUCACUCGCGUCUCUCACAGGUUUUUAAGACACAAAUCUCGCUGUUCUUCUUUGGCCACGUCAGUCACCUUCUCGCUUAAAACCAGAUUCUCUCAAGCAGAUCAAAGAAGAAAAACGAGACAUUCUGUACGAAAUUCUUCAUCGUCUGACACGCUGAUCGUCAUCUUCAUCUUCAGCUAUAAAAAGGAGACCCCCCAAGGCCCAACUCUGAACAAGAAAUUGAAGAGAGUGAGAGAGAGAGAGAGGGGAUCACGAGAAACGCAUGGAGCAAGAGAGCAAGCAACCGCCGCCGGACCGUAGGCCGGCCCAAUCGGACGGCCAGCAACAGCAGCAGCAGCAGCCGCCGCCGCCCAACCAGCCCCAGAAGUGCCCUCGCUGCGACUCCAUGAACACCAAGUUCUGCUACUACAACAACUACAGCCUCACCCAGCCCCGCUACUUCUGCAAGACGUGCCGCCGCUACUGGACCCACGGCGGAACCCUAAGGAACGUCCCCGUCGGCGGCGGCUGCCGGAAGGCCAAGCGCUCCAAGACCUCCACCUCCGCCUCCACCUCCUCCUCCGCCGACAGCCUCGCCCCGCACUCAUCCCUGCAGGUCCUGCCACAGAGCCUCAGGGACGUCGCCGCAGGGAACCUGGCUCCCCCACCGGCCGCGGUGGCUGGGGAGGGGCCUCUGGGCUACUCGUUCUACGCGGGAGGUGGGUUCUUGUCCUCUUUGGCCGCGGUUCAGUCUAUCAACCAGAGCCAGCCCUUCAACAUCGGCAGCGCCACAACAAGCAAUAACAGUAACAACAAUUUGAGCUUUUUCCAAGGGUUUGGAGGUUUGGCUUCCUUAAGCAGCUCCCACCACCAGCAGAUCCAGCAGCAAGCACAGUUUCUUCAGAGCGAUUGGGGUCACAGCUUUGGCAUCGGCAGCAAUGCUCAUACUGGUAGUAGCAACAGCAAUGAUAACAGCCCUAGUAUUUCACAUGUACAUCAUCAUCAUGGUAGCCUGUGGAGUGGAACCACAAGUGCCGGUAUUGGCGGUCACGGCGGUGACGGUGGCGAGAGCGGUAGAAACGGUCUGAAUGUUAACCAUCCAUCCGAUCAUCACCAAUUGCCCCAUCUUCCAGGAUUUGGCCCUCCUCCAUGAGCUCUUCCUUCAUAUUGAUCAGUUGCUUCUGCGGUUCAGUUCGAAAUGACGACGACGACGGCAACCGGCGGACUUCCUAGGUUAUAAGAAUUCUUUGUCAAAAAUUUUCCCAUACAAUACACUGGUGGUGCUGGGUUUUAGUUUUGUUGGGAUACAAACUGAGGAAAUGUAUGAAAUGUUAUCAUGGUCUUGGAGGGUUUUCUUUUUCAUGGCAUUGGUAUAUGGAUUCGUGUAAUUAAGUCGGUGGGGGAAUAUGAUUUAUGUGACUAUGGAGAGAAUUUUGUUCUUUGGGAUGUUUAUGGCUUGGUUUUUGAAUUUUGUGCGGCAGAAUCUAAAGUCUGUUCUGAUUAUUCUGAGUUGAGAGCAUUAUCUAUCGAGCAUGUUUGGUAAUAAUUUUAUUUUCGAAAAUAA